ACUCACUCAGUCUUGACGGGGGCAGUGAAGGGGUAGCACGCCACCUCGCCUCUUGUGCCCCUACCCACGCCCUCUCCUUACCCCGUUAGCCACACACCCACGCCCUACCGAAGCGCCCCUGGGACCUUACUAACACCACGGGGGACUGUGCGUGUGUGUGACCAUUCCUACCCCCUGGAACGCCGUGUAGAUUUACCCUGUGGUUAAUGCAGGAAAUGAAGGAAAUAAAAUAUAGGUAAUAAAGAAAACGAGUGAGUGAGAGAAAGAAAGAAAACAAAGAAAUAAAGACAAGUAGGAAGAUAAAAAAAAGAACUUAUUGUGUACAAGUGAAGAAAAUAUUUAAACAGAAGAAAAGAAAGAAAGAAAGGAAGAAAAAGAAAAUAACAUAUAUAUAUUUUUUUCUGUGUUCACCAAAGAAAAAAAAAGAAAAGAGAAAGUAAAUUUAUCACCAACCAAAAAAAAAAGGACAAAAAAUAAAGAAAAAAAAGAAAGAAGGAAAGAGAAAAAAAUUAUAAUAAGCAGAAAAUAACAAUAAAAACAAUAAGAAGAAGAAAGAAAAUAACAAGUGUAAACAAAAACAACAGACAAUAGGCCUUCAUGUUUUUCUGUGUUCAAUAAUUUAUUUUCUUCACGACUGACAAGAUCUUUUUUUAAUACAAGACAAGAUGGAGAAGUAUUGCGCCCAGGCGGGGUCGUGUUGGCGCCAUGACGCCCCAGCGAGGACCGCGCUGCGCUCCUGAGGCCGCCCCCCCCCGACCCGAAGAUUCGCCGCCCCCCGAGGACGCCGCCGCCAGGCUGCUGCCCCGCCCCCCAAACAUGCCCGCCUCAGAGAGCCUGGCCGCGGGGUCCCGCAUGGUGCGGGUGGCCACGGAGCCGGACGUCGAGGACCCCGCCGCCGUGUGUUCCUGGGACAGCGACGCCGCGCGGCUACUCAAGAUGGUGGACACGGAGAACCUGGAGGGGCUGCAGGCGCUGCUGGGGUCCGGCAUCCACGUGAACGGCCACGGCGGUACCUUCCACGAAACGGCGCUGCACCGCGCGGCGCAGGUGCGCUGGGCGGCGGGCGUGCGUUUCCUGCUGGCCGCCGGUGCUUCCGUGUAUGCCAAGAACCAGUUCGGGCAGACGCCGCUGCACUACGCCGCCGCCUCCAAGUCCACGACGUGCAUCCAGCUGCUGCUGGAGAACCGCCGCCCAGGCGUGGUGGACCACCGCGACAUGCGCGGCCACACGCCGCUCCACGACGCCGCCGCCGCCGGCUGCGUCCACGCCCUCUCGUUGCUGCUGAAGGCCGGCGCGCUGGUGCGGGCCAAGGACGGCACGGGCUCCACGCCGCUCCACAAGGCGGCGCGCGCGCGCUCGGUGCCGUGCAUGGUGGCGUUGCUCAACGCCGGCGCCGACAUGGCCGCGGCGGACGACAACGGCGAGACGGUGCUGGCCUACACGUUGCACUACAUGCCGGGCCUCAUGGACACCGUGUUCGACGAGUGUCUGGUCACCAACUCGCACAAGAUCAACACCAAGACGCUGGAGGUCACCAUGAACUUCCUGCCGCUGUGCUGCGGCUCGGACAAGAACCAGGUGCAGAACCUGCAGUCCUUCGUGGACCUGGGCCACGCCAAGCUGCUGAGCCACCCGCUGUGCGAGACCUUCCUGCUGCUCAAGUGGAUGAACGUGCGCCGCCUCUUCCUCAUCGAGGUCAUCCUCUACCUGUUCUUCGCCGUGCUCACCACCGUGCUCACCUUCAACAAGUUCGUCUGGAACGACUCCGCCACCGACACCGCCGCCGCCACCAACACCACCGCCGUCAUCGGCGACACCGCCCUCACCAACGACACCGAAGCGGCGGCGGCGGUGGCGACGGGGGAGGAGGAGGCGGUGGCGCCCAGCGAGAAGGGCUUUGAUUCCCUGCCUCACAGCGCCAACCAGACGAUGCGGGUGCUGGUGAUGGUGUACCAGGUGCUGAUCAUCCUGCAGCAGGUGCUGUCGCUAUUGCAGAACAAGCUGCAAUGGUUCCGCUCGCUGUCCGGCGUGCUGCACGUGGUGAUCACGGUGCUGGUGGCCGCCGUGGUGCUGCCCGCCGACGCCCGCGUGUGGCAGCAGCACCUGGCCUCCUGGCUCAUGCUCCUGCUGUGGACGGAGUGCAUGCUGCUCAUCGGCCGCUUCCCGAACUGCGGCGUCUAUGUGGUCAUGUUCACGCGCGUGGCCAAGGUGUUCCUGCGCAUCUUCCUCAUGUACUUCUGCCUGCUGCUGGCCUUCACCGCCGCCUUCUACGUGGCGCUCAACGUCCAGCAGGGCGGCGGCCAGCAGGACCCCGUGCUGGCCAGCCCCAUCCUCACCUUCGUCAAGACGCUCACCAUGAUGAUCGGCGAGCUGGACUUCAGCACGGAGUUCGUGGAGGGACUCUCCAAGCUGUACUUCACCGGCCACGCCAUCUUCCUCUUCUUCAUCAUCCUCGUCUCCAUCAUCCUCUCCAACCUGCUCGUGGCUCUGGCGGUCAGCGACGUGCAGAGCCUCCGCAACUCGGCCCACCUGGAGCGCCUCAUCAAGCAGACGGAGUUGGUCUUCCACAUGGAGAAGAAUAUUUCCACCGCGUCCUUCAUCGCCUCCCACGUCAGGGUGUCCAAACUGAGCGCCGUCCUGAUGAAGGUGGCUCUGGUCUGCACCUACGACUGCUAUAACACCCGCGUUUUCUACCUGCCAAACAGCCCCCUCAAGAGCAACAAGCUAUUCAUCGUCAAGAACAAGAACGUCAAGGAAACCAGCGUGCCAUCCUACCUCCUCGCGAAUGUCAACCGAUGCUUAAGGGGUCGAGAGGCGGACCAGCAGACCACGGGCGGGGGAGACAUCAAGCUGGGGAAGAGCAUGCGAUCAGCGAGGCGGGGGAGCAGGAUACGCCGGGGGGAUUACCAGCGGAGUGAGGAGAACAAUGACGAGUUUAAGGCGGGGCUGAAGGAACUGGAAGAGAUUGUCGGCGACCGCAUGGAGGAAGUUCGAGAGACAUACACGGGCCUUCAGAAACAGAUGCGGGAUUUGGAGGAGAAAUUGAACCGCAUUACGAGCCUCCUAACGAAAGAUGGCGGCGCCGGCGAUGAUAGUGUUAGUGUUAGGGGUGAGGGAAGGGACAGCGGUAGAGGUGGUGGUGGUGGUAGUAGAAGGGGGAGCGGUCACUCAAAAGUUGUUGGUCCAAAUUUAAGUUUACCGCCGAAUGCUGUUGGUUGAGAGAGAGAGAGAGAGAGAGAGAGAGAGAGAGAGAGAGAGAGAGAGAGAGAGAGAGAGAGAGAGAGAGAGAGAGAGAGACACACAC